AUGGCGACGGGUCUGCGAUGGCUGGUGGCGUCACAGGGCGAUGCCAAGCACAUUGGAUGGGCCCAUCCACUGGUGGCGUGUGUGGUGUACUACCUGGCUGUCGUGCCUGCGUCGUGGUGGGCGAGCGUGUGGCUAGGUGGCACAGCGAGUGGCGGCAGAGGCGACAGCGGAGGCGACCAAGGUGUGACGGGCUACGAGCUAGGCUACUGGCCGGGCGUGUGCAAGGGACUGGUGGCGUAUUUGGCUGUUCUCCUCGGCUCGAGGCUGGUGACCAAGGGCUCGGUGGUGCUGUAUGAGUUCAUGUGGGGCUGCAACGUGGCGCUCGUUCUUGGCGCCCUUGCCGGAGCCACCGGAAACGCCUUGCUGCUCGCUGGCGCUGUCGUCUCGGUGGCGGUCGAUCAGGUCAUGUGGUAUGUCGACAUUGCGGCCUACGUCAUCACGGGCUCCUUUCCCAUCGGCGUGGCAAAGUAUCUCAUCUGGCCCACCACCGGAUGGGUCCAGCGCGCCACCUCCGGUCAUCACCUCGCCUUUAUCCCGCUCGCGCUGUGGAUGCUUGGCGAGGCGCAGACUGGUUUUCCGCCGGGCACCUUUGCGCUCUCGAUCGUGGUGCUGGUGGUCGAGGGCGGAGCCACGCGGCUCCUGGCCCCGUUCUCUAUUGUGUAUCCCUCGCGGCCGCCGCUCAUGCUCAACAUCAACCUCACCCACGAGUGCUGGACGGACGUCCCCUUCGCCCUGCUGCACAUUGCCGACGGCGCGUCGUUUCUCCCCGCCAUGGCCUGGCUCGUCACCGUCUGGUCGUCGACCAACGCCAUCUGCUACGCCGUCCUGCUCGCCAUCGAGUCAGUUGUCUACGGCGUGUGA